UUUUUUCUUUAAACUUUUGUAGCAGUGCAAGUCUGAAGGUCAGCGUGUGUCCAGUGUAUUUUAGCAGAGUAUUUUUUGAAUAUUAUCAGUUUCUCUGUUGAUAUUUACGCUGCUGGAAUAGAAUUUCAUUGUAGUGAUGGCCUUUUUUAAAAAAUUGCACGGGCACUUAAGUGUUUUUAUUAUAGCCUGAUCUUCAGUAUCUUGAGAUGUUAAAACUGUCAGAAAUCUUUACAGAACUAUUUGGCAUUCCUUUAAUUGUAGGUUCUAAGAGAGUUUUGACAUUCUACCUCGAAGGAAAACUGAUGUAAUAAUUCUGAUAACAUGAAUACAUUUUCCUGUUCUUGGGAUUAUUUUUUUUACAGAAGAAGGAAGCAUGCUUGUUGCUCUUGAGUAACAGAUUAAUUAAACUUCUUUUAGGAGGCGUCAAACAAAGAUCAGGAUGGAGCUCCCAUUUGAUUCAAGUAGAUUCUGUGUUUUUGAAAUGAGGAGUAAGGUUAUCUGAUAGUUGCUUUCACAACAAACCUCUUGUUAAAUGGUACUUACUUAGUUACUUCUAAUUAGUUUGUAAGUGAAAGACGCUUCAAAAUAGGGUUGAAGAAAGUUGCUUCUGAUUAUAAGAACUUGUAAACCUAGGUAACUUACCAGCAUUGGAGGACAGGAAUGAUAUUUUUUUUUUUGGCUGUUUUCAUUUAAUGAGCAUUCUGAUGAUGGCACUGACUUAUCAGCUCCAAUGGCGAUUCCUCCAUCAUAUGUAGACCUUGGCAAAUCUGCCAGAGAUAUCUUCAAUAAAGGAUAUGGUUUUGGGUUGGUGAAACUGGAUGUGAAAACAAAAUCUGCAAGUGGAGUGGAAUUCACAACAUCUGGUUCAUCGAACACAGACACUGGAAAAGUGAAUGGGAGCUUGGAGACCAAAUACAAGUGGGCUGAAUAUGGACUGACUUUCACAGAAAAAUGGAACACAGAUAACACUCUGGGAACAGAAAUUGCAAUUGAAGAUCAGAUUGCCAAAGGUUUGAAGUUGACAUUUGAUACAACUUUCUCACCAAAUACGGGAAAGAAAAGUGGUAAAAUUAAGUCAGCUUAUAAACGUGAAUGCCUAAACCUAGGUUGUGAUGUUGACUUUGAUUUUGCUGGACCUGCAAUCCAUGGUUCAGCUGUCUUUGGUUAUGAAGGCUGGCUUGCUGGCUAUCAGAUGACUUUCGAUAGUGCCAAAUCAAAAUUGACAAGAAAUAACUUCUCUGUGGGUUACAAGACUGGAGACUUCCAACUGCACACUAAUGUCAAUGAUGGUUCAGAAUUUGGUGGUUCAAUUUACCAGAAAGUGAGUGAUAAUCUUGAAACUGCUGUAAACCUGGCCUGGACAGCAGGUAGCAACAGCACUCGCUUUGGCAUCGCAGCUAAAUACAAGUUGGAUUCCACUGCUUCUAUCUCUGCAAAAGUGAACAAUUCUAGCCUAGUUGGAGUGGGUUACACCCAAACCCUGAGGCCAGGUGUGAAGCUUACACUGUCUGCCCUGAUAGAUGGAAAGAGCAUCAAUGCUGGUGGCCAUAAACUUGGUCUUGGCCUGGAAUUGGAGGCUUAAAAAGGCAAAGAAGCUGCUGCAGAGAAGGGAUAUCAGAAGAAUUUGGCCUUAAAAUGUAUUUCCAAUGUGACCAGCAGGCUUUUUUUCCCAAGAAGGAUGACCUAGAACAAGAGCUGUAUUUGGAGUAUUUAGACAGUUACUUGUUAGCUGGUUUCUAGUUAAAUUGGUUACCCAUCUAGUUAAAAUUCUGCAUUAGUGCAGUCACUUAAACAUUAUUUAAUGUAUUUAACUGUUUAAUGCGCUACCCACAAUGAAAUAGACAUUUAUGAAAACUGUACAAUUGUGUGCAUGUUUGUUUUUAUGUUCCUUUUAGCAUUUGAUAUUGCCAUUGAAUGAAAAAUGGAUCAGUGGAUGUUUUGAAAUGAGGUCAACAAUUUGUCAAAUGACCUGAAGUAGAAGUACAUUUGGUAUCCCAAGACAAAUUAUGAAUAAAACAAGUACACACACACAUACUUGUGCCUCAGAUAUUUUAAGAGUUAAGAUACGAGGGUAGUGCUCAGUUAAGUUUUAGCUUAAAAUAAUCCAAGAAGUAGUGCUCUAUACCUUUGUGCAAUUAAGGACACCACCCCUUCACCCUCUCCCUCCCCAACAACACUGAAUAUAGGUGGUUUUCACUGAACAGUUGGAUUCCUCAAGCAAGUUGAAUGUGCUUUUCUGUCAGGUAAGACAUGUCGUGAUACAAUGGUUUAAUUCCCCCUGCGUUCCAUGGGCAAGACUUACAGUGCUACUAGUUGGCCUCCUGAUGCAAAGAGUGCAGAAUGAUGUACUUGGCAUACUGAGACAUUUAAGAACUGCUCCUUGAUGCUUUUGGCCAAGGAGUGAAAAACCUCACCACAAAUACCUUUUGCUUAUUUGUAUGAAGUGAGAUGUAUCUCUGCAAUUGAACAUUAAUGGUGUAAUGGUAUAACAGCCUGCUUUUAUCCAAGCUGCUAUGAGGUUUCUGCUUGCAAUGACUGAAAUAAAGGCUUAAUUUUAAGUGGAGAUGAAGGAAAAUGCAUCUGAUUUUGCUUUCCUUUUGACUAAUAAAUCUUGGCAGAUAGACACUUAAGUCCAGAAACAUGCAGAAUAAUGGAAAUUCUCUUGUUUUUCCAGGAUAGAAUUAAGAGAAUAGAAAUAUGAGGAAUGUUUGGUCCCUAAGCAUAACGUCCCUUAAGGUCAAACAUAACUAGCUGUGAAUGCUUUAAAUGUGGAAUAUAUUAAAUACAUGUAGUUACAGUGCUUACAUUUAAGAAUAGGGAUUUAUUGAGUUCAAGGGAGUGCCUGGAGCCUACUCCUUACAGUCUCUCAUAGCUGAGAAGGAUAUCUUGAUACUUAGUUGUGCAGUCUGUAGUUCACAGCAGAUUUUAUAGAGCAGGUGGCUAGGUUAUGAUCAGGAAGAGAUCAGAGAUCAUUAUCUCUGGUUUUCAAGCUGUGUUUGGUUCAUGCUGGAUUAGACAACCCUCAUAAAAGUCCUAGUGAUUUGCUUGAGGUCUUGUGCCAUCUUGCACUAUUGCCCUCAUACUCAAAGUCUCAAGUACUCUGUUGUAAACAGCCUGUGUUCAGACUUUAGCUGUGGAAUAGCUGAGCUACCUUCUUUGCAGAUGAUGCAGCAGAGCUUAAGCUUCCAUCUUAGGCUCUUCAGCAGGCUUGCUAGUGUAUUCAACUAGUUUUGUUACAUAGCAAAGCAAAAGUUUGUCAGCAUUUGUGCUUUGGAGUACCUUACUGUUGUUCACACUAAAUGCCCUUUUCUGAGGAGCACUUCCACCACUUGGUGAUGGAAGAAGCGAGUAAGGUGCAAUUUGUGGCACUCUUAUUGCAUAUUAAUGUUU